GGGUAGCUUCCUUGCCUUGCCAAUGCAUUUGCUUGGACACCGGAAUAACGAUUAAGCCGAAUGAUUUUGAAGGGAGCUCUCCUAUUGAAUUCUUGACUGAAACAGUAGCUCGACGGAAGGGCAUACAUCUUUCUGUAACGGAUACGUCUGGUGGAGUAGUUUCAAUUUAUGUGUCCGUACUUGGCACGAGACAGAAACAGGUUGAAAAAGGUGAACGUUAGCUAGCUAGCUAGUUGAGCUAGCAGGAAGGCUAGCCAGCCAGCUGGUUGGACCUUGGACGUGUUACCCAUCUAGCCGUAACGUUAGCCCGCCGCCAGCAGGGAAUCACUGACUGAACGGCAAACAGCUCAUUUCAGCCUUAGGCAUCGGAAUGUGUUACCAAGACAGUUGCGGUUAAGGACAAAGUGGAAGCAUUACUUACUUCAUUAACCAGUGACCUAACGGUAAAAUCAUCUAUCGUUAACGUUUCAAGCCAAGGCGUAUUUCAAGGAAGAGCCUGGCCGCUUUCAUUUGACAAGCGACCGUCUCACUAGUCAAGGUGUUCAGCCACAUUCCACUUGGUAACUGUGUUGGCUAGCCCGAUUUGCCAACCGUCAGAUUUUUGGGAGGCCAAGACUGGGACUUGUCACGGAUAUCUUAUUGGCAAUCUUUUGCAUAGCUUGCUAUUACCGUCACUUUAUUAACUGAAUUGUCAUUCGAGCUAGCUAGUGGCUUGAUUGUUUAGAGGGUAUUACAGAAGUCGACCUUCUGUUUCAGUAGCUUGUUUUCAUUGCUUGCGAAUUAUUGGGAACCAAGCUAACUAGCCACAGCAGUUUCAAUUGCUAACAUUAGCUAGCUAUCACUAUAUUUGCUGGUUUAGCCUCUUUUUUGCUGUGUAGAGACCGACUGCAUUUUUGACGGCGGCAGCAAAUUAACUGCAAGCCAACUAUCUUUUUUGUUAACAUUUGGGUUUUGACGAAUGUCUACUUUUCAUGUGUCAAAAUUAAGAUCUGCAUUUUUUCGGGGACAUAGCUAUGACCAUUUGUAACCGACCCAGUGUGUUUUCUCUUAUCAGUCGUAGGACUUGUUCUCGGUUCGAACGCUGCAGCGGUAUCAUUAGCUAACAGAAGCUAGACCGUAGUAAUUUUAUAACCUAGCUAGCUAGUAUACUCAGUUAAUGUUAAUUAGUCUAUUUGCUGAAGCUACCUGACAAGCUUUUCCCAUUCAGUUUGCGUCAUACUGUCAAAUAGGUUGAAGUCGCUUGUUAGCCGAAUAGCUACCCAGUUGCCUCAAUUGUCGAGCUUCAGGAUCGGCUCUAUAUUACAUUCACGUUAACUUACAGUUUUGUAAUGAGUUGGUUGAUAAAUAUUGUGUUUGACUGCUAAAUUAACGUUAGCUAGGUAAACACAAUUGGAUUCGUUUUCUGACAUCCAUCGUUGAGCAGAUCUGUUUCACGCAUUGAAUGCUCUUGGUAAAACGUUAGCUUAGUCUAUCUGCUAUCUUGCGUAUUUCGUCAGUGUGCCGGUGUUGGUUAGCAAAUUGCACCUGCCCUUGUCUUUGCAAUCGUUUGCAGCAAAGACGUCGUUGGUUUUUCCAGCUAAUUACUGUAAGUUGACUCAACUUUAGUUUAUAAAAAUGUCCGGACAGUCAAUAACGGACCGGAUUGCGGCGGCUCAACAUAGCAUGACUGGAUCAGCUAUUAGUAAAGCUGUCUGCAAGGCCACGACGCACGAAAUCAGCGGACCUAAGAAGAAACACCUGGACUACCUGAUCCACUGUACCAAUGAGAUGAACGUGAGCGUUCCCCAGCUGGCCGACACGCUGUUCGAGAGGACGGCCAACAGCAGCUGGGUGGUGGUGUUCAAAGCCCUCAUCACCACACACCACCUAAUGAUGUAUGGCAAUGAGCGUUUCAUCCAGUACUUGGCCUCCAGGAACACACUCUUCAACCUCAACAACUUCCUGGACAAAGGAGCAUUGCAAGGUUAUGACAUGUCCACCUUCAUCCGGCGCUACAGCCGCUAUUUGAAUGAGAAGGCCCUCUCCUAUCGGCUAGUUGCUGUGGACUUCACCAAGAUGAAGAGGGGCAUCGACGGAGUCAUGCGCACAAUGAACACGGAGAAGCUGAUCAAAACCCUGCCUAUCAUUCAGAACCAGCUGGACGCACUGCUCGACUUCCAGGCAAACCCCAACGAACUUACGAAUGGCGUGAUCAACGCCGCGUUCAUGCUACUCUUUAAAGACUCCAUCCGUCUGUUUGCCGCCUACAACGAGGGAGUCAUCAACCUGCUGGAGAAAUAUUUUGACAUGAAGAAAAACCAGUGCAAAGACGCCCUGGACAUUUACAAGAAGUUCCUCUACAGAAUGACCAAGCUCUCCGAGUUUCUCAAAGUGGCUGAGCAAGUUGGGAUUGAUCAGGGAGACAUCCCAGAUCUGACUCAGACCACUAAAGGACCAUACCUUGCUCCUAGCAGUCUCCUGGAAGCUCUGGAGCAGCACCUGGCCUCUCUGGAGGGCAAGAAGACCAAGGACUUCUCCGCGGACACCAGGGCCAACACUCUGUCCAGCGCUGUGUCGUCCCUCUCCAAUACGGGCAUGUCCUUCAGCCGCAUGGAUGAGAAGGAGAAGCAGCAGGCCCUGGAGGAGGAACAGGCCCGUCUGCAGGCACUAAAGCAGGAUCAGAGGCUCAAGGAGAUCGGCAUGCAGACACCCUCCGCCUCUCCGACCAUGCAGCCCAUGAGCAGUGCCAACAACCACAACUCCAGCAUGGACCCGUUUUGCUAACCCUGCCAACCCCCCAUCCACCA